AUGGGAAUGCCGCAAGAUUCAUCCAGCGGAAACCCUCCGGUGUUUGUGGACCGGAAUCCCGCUGAUGUUAAUGAUGAUCUUGGUAAGGAUUUACCCUGGAAGAAAAUGGGGAAAGAGGAUGAUGAACAGCAGAAAGAAGAAAAUCAAGAAGAUUAUUCUUUCAGCGAAUCAUCCCCUGUUCUUGAUGAUAAUAAUUCAUUGGGAUGCCCAGAACUAUUUGCUCUUUAUGAUCCUGAUGAUGUCCUGGAAGAAGAAGAAGAUGAUGAUGGUUCGAAGAUUGUUCUUUAUGAUUCUGAGGAUCAGUGGGAUGAAGAUUAUGUCUCUUCAGUAUUUGGAUUUAUUCCAACAGAUUAUGGUGAUGAAUACGGGUAUGGCCCGAAGAUCCCACCAGGAUAUCAAAGGAUUCCUGCGCUGCCACCAGGAUUUGAGAAUGCGUAUCUAAGACAUUAUAAUCAUGAUCUCUGCUGCUAUGAUGAUGAGUACGACUCCGAUUGCCAACUUCAAAAAGCACUCUUUGAAUCAAUUCUAGUUCUAGAAUCAAGUUACUUCAACCCAGGUUCUCAAGUUCGCGAAUCUUUCUCCUCUGGAAUCCCCUGA